AUGGAUUCUUCAAUGGGAGGUGUUGAUGGGUCUGGUGAUGAAGGCACUCAUACCUCACACAAGGGAAAAAGACCCUCCUACAAACGUCUUAGUUCUGCUCAAACAGCCAAACUUGAAAAAUUCAUCAAGGAGUGCCCACAUCCUGACGAAACCCAACGACGCCAAUUAGCCACCGAGGUUGGGCUUGAGCCUAAACAAAUUAAGUUUUGGUUUCAAAAUAAGAGGACUCAAAUUAAGAAUCAACACGAGAGAGCAGAUAACACUGCUCUUCGGGUUGAGAAUGAUAGGAUAAAUAGUGAAAACGAAUUCAUGAAAGAGGCGUUGAAGAAUAUGCUUUGCCCAUCUUGUGGGGGUCCACCAUAUGCAGAAGGAGAGCAUGAACACUUUAUGCAAAAGAUGCAACUCGAAAAUGCUCAACUAAAAGAUGAGCAUGACAAAGUGUCUAGACUUCUUGCAAGGUACUUGGAGAAACAAAUGUCACAACCUGAGUUGCAACAAACUGUUAUUCCUAUCACAGGUUCAACUUCAUAUGAUCCACCACAUGGAAGUUCACUUAACCAUGUGAUUGAUGAAAGUCUAUGUCUUGAUCAAAGUUUUAGUACACAAGUUAUAGAUGAUCUAUUAUUGUCGAACUCAUUGGGAGGUGUAGAUGUAGAGAAACCAUUUAUGUUAGAGGUUGCUACUACUGCAAUGGAAGAAUUAGUUAGGCUUCUUCGCAUCAAUGAGCCCUUUUGGAUCAAGUCUUCAACUCAAGAUGGGAAGCUUGUUCUUCAUCGUGAAAGUUAUGAGAAAAUAUUUUCAAGAACCAAACAAUUCAAAGGUGCCAACAUACAUGUAGAAGCAACAAAAGAUUCAGGGAUGGUUAACAUUAGUGGCAUUCAGCUAGUUGAAAUGUUUCUAGAUUCGGACAAGUGGGUUAAUCUGUUCCCAACAAUUGUUACAAAAGCAGAAACAAUUAAAGUACUAGAAAGUGGUUUCUUAGGAAAUCGAAGUGGAGCCUUGCAGUUGAUGAUUGAAGAAAUGCAUAUUCUUUCACCUUUAGUGCAAGCUCGUAAAUUUCAAUUCCUUCGCUAUUGUCAACAAAUUGAAGAUGGUCAAUGGGUGAUAACAGAUGUGUCAUUUGAUCCCUUUCAACAGAACAAUUCUCCUUCUCGAUCUUGGAGGCAUCCAUCUGGAUGCUUGAUUCAAGAAAUGCCUAAUGGGUAUUCCAUGGUUACUUGGGUUGAACACGUGGAGGUGGAUGAUAAAAUCCAAACGCACCCACUGUACAGAGAUAUUGUUAGUAUCAAUAUGGCAUAUGGAGCAGAAAGAUGGAUGAUGGAACUUCAAAGAAUGUGUGAAAGAUUUGCUUGGUUUUAUGUUGAAAAGAUAGCCAAUCAUGGCUUUGAAGGAGUGAUCAAUUCACUUGAAGGGAGGAGGAGUGUAAUGAAUUUUUCUCAUCGAAUGCUUAAAAUCUUUUGUCAAAGUUUAACAAUGUCGGGUAACUUGGACUUCCCACAUUUAACUAUGGAGAAUAAUAGCGGUGUUAGGGUCUCCAUCCGAAAAAACACAAACCUUGGUCAACCAAAUGGCAUGAUUGUUGUAGCUGCUACAUCCCUUUGGCUACCUCUCCAUUAUUUGAAAAUUUUUGAGUUCUUCACAGAUGAAAAAAGACGAGCUCAGUGGGAUGUUCUUUCCUGUGGAAAUCCAGUGCACAAGGUUGCGCACAUCUCACAUGGAACUCAUCCUGGCAAUUGUACAUCAAUUAUCCGGCCAUUCAUCCCUAGCGAGAACAAUGCGUUGAUUCUUCAAGAAAGUCUUACAAAUUCCAUGGGAUCAUAUGUUGUAUAUGCUCCAACCGAUGUAAGAACUAUGAAUAUGGCUAUACAAGGGGAAGACUCUUCAUUGCUACCAAUUCUUCCAUCGGGUUUUGUUAUCGUUGCACAUGAUGAUCCAAAUGCAAAUUUAGGAGCAUUUGAUAAUACAAAUGUUGAUAGAUCAGAAGGCUCAUUAUUGACUGUGGCUUUCCAAAUAUUGGCUUGUAGUCCAAGUGGAAUCAAUCUGUUAAAUAUGGAAUCUGUGGCAGCUGUGAAUACCCUUUUAACCUCAACAAUCCUAAAAAUAAAGGAUGCUCUAAAUUGUAGUAACUUGGAGUAA